GUGUUGUGGUGGUCUUCAUUGCCGCAGAAGAGGGCGGUGAAAAGGAAAUUGGUGUGGAUGCAGUGCUGAAGAAUGGAAAGUUGGAGGAGGCCAAGAACGGCCCUGUGUACUGGGUUGAUUCGGCAGAUUCCAACCCUUGCUGCGGCACAGCGGGAGCGUUGUCCUGGUCGCUAAAAUGUCGAGGGCGCUUGUUUCACAGCGGUUUCCCCAACAAGGCCAUCAACUCCAUAGAGCUGGCCAACGAGGCCAUUGCUUUCAUCCAAGAACGCUUCUACAAUGACUUCAAGCCGCUACCAGAGGAGGAGCUCUACUCCUUUGUUACGGGGUCGCACAUGAAGCCGACUCAGAUCGAGUGUAGCAAGGGCUCCUUCAACCAAAUCCCCGCCGAGACCACCGUCCAUGGCGACAUCAGGCUGUCUCCUUUCUACGAGGUGGAAGAUGUCGUAGAGCAUGUGGAGCGCUACGUGCAGGAGCUGAAUGAUGACAUGGAAUGUCUCUGCAGCACUGCCCGAGGCCCCUGGAGCAAGUUUGUUCUUCCGAGCAGCGUGCAGGUGCAGGAUAACGAGUUCAACCGGGCAAAGGUGGAGCUGAAAUGGAUGGGUGACAUGGACACCUUCCGACUUUAUGCUGGCUUAGCUGUUAAGCUGGAGUCCGAUGGUCACAAGGCUUUGGUGCAGGCCUUCCGCGAGAGCAACAAAGGUGUUCAGCCCUUCAGCAUCAAUGGCUCGCUGCCGUUGGUGAAGAUGAUGCAGAAGGCUGGCUUCGACAUACAGAUGUGCGGCUUCGGAAAGAUGUCGGUCUAUCAUGGCGUCAAUGAGUACUGCACAAUGUCGGAGAUGAUGAAAGCGCACGAGGUUAUUGUCCGCCUGGUAUGUCUUCUGGAGACAGCGGCAAACUGA